AUGUGGGAACCCAGAGCUUCGCGUUUCACCUUGCUAAUCUCAGAAAUCGGAGGCCUGUGUUUGACGGUGUUCCAGCUGGCGGACCCCGACCCUAAAUGUGAACUCAAUGAAACGUGUGUCGGUCACCACGAGGAAAACCUCAGCACCUGGUAUGUCUGGUUCCUGAUGCUGUUUGUCCUGGCCCUGAUCCUGUCCUGCGGGAUCCUCCUCUGCCUGCAGUGCUGGCUCGAGCAGCGGAGCCGGCUGCCUUCCCGGCGCGCCCUGGCUGUGUUUGCCCUCAGUGAUGCCGACACUUUUUGUGCCAGCACGAUGUCUCGGUGCCCCUGGUCGGAAGCUUGUGCCCACCCUGCACAUCCAGAACCGUGCUCUGCUCCCCUGCCCCCUUUCCACACCACGGGACCUGGGUCCCCUCCUUCCUAUGAGGAUACCAUGAAGACACAUGAGCACUGAGGCCCAGCUCUGGUGCCUUGAGGAUGCUCCUGGCUUCCAUGCAGGUGUUUCAAACCCAGGCCCUUCCCCGACUCUGCCGUGAGAACAGCAAGGAGGAAGCACCGAACUGCAAACUACAAGGGGACACAACACACAAAUGGCCCUGGCCUUUCAUACUUGCCCGGAGCAGA